AUGGCCACCCUCGUUCCAAUGAACACUCCAGCUCGACAACCCUUGGGGUUCCUGAAUGAAUCCAAGCUCCGAAGCAUGCAGAGCGUCAAGAAUCGACAGAAUGCAAUACUAACCUCCCAUUCGGCCCCGUCUCUCAAACGCCGCGCUGUCUCUCCUGAAGAAGGCUCCGAUAGCGAGAACAUCGACCCCAACAUUAUCGAUUCAUUGCACAAACGAAAGCGCUCCACCUUGGAAGAUGACGUUUCAGUGUCCAAGUUCAACCGGUAUAGCUUGAGUCUGAACACUCUCCCUUCCACCAGGCGCCGCCUCAACAACCCGGUGGUCUCGCCCACCCCACGCCUCGAUACAUUCAUCAAGCCUUCAACCAGCACACCGGCCUCAGCACCCGCGGCAGGUCGCUCACCAACGCGGAAACGCUCCGGUCCCCUCCAAUCACGCAAACGCUUCAAUCCUCCCCCCUUCUCCUUGAACGCUCCAUCCCCUGCGCUCUCUCUUUCCGCUGCGUUAAGUGGCACCAAGAAAUCUCGUCAGCUAUCCCACAAGACCCAACCACAAACGAUCGGCACAAUCGAGGACAGCAAGCCAAAAUCGUGGUUCUUCGACAUCUUCGAGGAGAGUCUGGAGGCGCAGGAAUAUCGAAUGAACGAGUGGACUAUGACCCAAAGCGCGACGGGACUGGAUAUUUCGGAUGACGAGGGCAAAGCCAAGUCUUCUGAACGGCUGGAUCGAGGAAAGGAAAAUGUUGAUCCGAACGAAGUUUCGGUCCCAGUGACAAGGUCCAUGGCUGCAGCAGCGAGGGUAGAGAUGAGGGCCUCGAAGGAAAAAGACGUGAAUGCCAUGACGGACAAAGAGGAGAGAGCGCCCCUGGCAAAUCUCAACCCCGCGGAAUUCUACGCUGAAGGCCUCGAUGCCACGAGCGUGGUCCUUGUUCAUGAUGACUCUGAUACGGACACCGUCGCUCUCGAGGACGAGACGGACACAAUGACUGAGCACCACGACUUUACGUUCCAAGCCUCAACAUCUACAUCAUUGUCCCAAUCCAAGGCAAUUGACGCUCUCGGUGCCCCUUCCAUCAGCGAAAUCUUGAGUUCCGCAGCGCCCCAUCCGUUUCCUCCAGCCAUCAAUAUGAAUCAUGAUGCGGAUGAGACGCUUGUCGCCGCCCCAUUCACAAAAGCAGAGACACCCGAGGUUGAGAUUGAGAUAUGGGAGAGUGAGAGCGCAAAGGAUGAGAACGAAAAGCAUGAACUCCAGCAUGAUGUCGGAAGUCCUGGAUCGAUUGGGGAUGAGACUGUCUUCGCCUUGCAGGAGCUGUGA